AUGUAUAUCGAUAAGAACUACGUGCCGGUGUACGUGAAUGAGAUGGAGGCGCGCGAACGGGCGAGGGAGGCGAAGAUUAUGGAGACCACGGCGCCGGCGGACGCGAGGCGCGACGAAGAGGCGACGAGGCUGCGCGCGCGAUUGGCAGAGUUAGAGGCGAGCGUGCGCGAGGUAGGGGCGCGCAUGGCGAGUUUAGAGCAACCGAAACCUAGCGAAGACGCGCAAACGGCGAGUGAAGGCGAGAAAUCUCGAACGACGGCGUGA